UCACUCAUGCAGGACUGCUGGCCUAUACGCGAGUCUUCUGCCUGCAGGAUCCCCACUGUAUCAGGGCAGUGAGUCGGUACACCUUUGGAUUUGAAAAACACUGUUCCGGACUUGGCAAUAUUCAGCAGAAUUAUUUACGUUUUCCAGGAAAGUUACCAGUAGCGGAUGAUGGAACAGCAUAAUAAGGACGUCAUAGAACAAGGAGAAAGUUGCAUAAACCAACUCGGGGGGGUAUUCCUGAACGGCAGGCCCCUCCCUGCAUAUAAAAGGAGGAAAAUAGUGGAACUGGCAACGGAGGGCGUAAGACCUUGUCAAAUAUCGCGGAUUUUAAAGGUGUCCAACGGCUGUGUCAGUAAAAUCCUCGGCAGAUAUUAUCAAACCGGACUUUUGUGUCCCAAAUCGAUCGGGGGUAGCAAACCUCGCCUGCUCACGCCAGAAGUGAUUUCCAACAUCGGUCGCUACAAGUGUGAGAACCCAUCGGUUUUUGCCUGGGAAAUCCGGGCGAAACUCCUGUCUGAAGGGGUGUGCGAGCCUAACAGGGUCCCCAGUGUGUCGUCUGUAAACCGAGUUUUGAGAAACAUGCACCUGGAUCUCAUACCCUUUGGGACGGACAGCCCUGGGCCUCAGGAAAACGUGUCUGGUAGAGAUGUGGGCACGAUGACAGAGUGCAGGAAUUUCCCAGAUGAUGGUUCUGGAGCAGAAGAUAGCAGGACAGGAAAGAAACAGCACAGGAUCCGUACUGUAUUCACUGAAGAACAAUGUGCAGUAUUAGAACAAGAGUUUCGACAGGGACAUUAUCCAGACUCGCUCACUAGGGAGAAACUAGCAGCAGAGAUGAACCUUUCAGAAGGAACAAUAAAGGUCUGGUUUUCAAACAGAAGAGCAAAGUGGCGCCGGGAGGAAAAACGAAAUCGCGCCCCCUACUGUUUGGGAGAUGCCCUGGGUAGAGAGAAGUCAAGUACCUACAAGCUGGGCUUUGCAGAAGGUGGUGCAGCUCCCCAUAUUCCCCAGAGUAACUGGAAGCAGGUGGCAUCGGUGCACCAGGAAGCCCUCUCUGCAUUCUCCUACAGCCUGACCCCCAGGGAGCCACACUGGGCCUCAAACCCAGCCAUCUCUCACGCCCCCUACCAGCCAGUCUCUCUAAGCACCAGAAGAGCAGGCGCUUCUGGCUACGGAUCCGGCCCCCUGGCCCCUCAGUGGAGCUCGGUGCCGUACCCUGCAGACGAAAGGACCCCUCUGCCCGUCAUCCUGGGACACUAUGACUCAUUUCUCCUGCCUCACUGAUGAAGACCAUGUCUUGAAGACAAGCACUCCUCAGGCAAACCUAUCACUCAGUCAGCAUCUGGGGUUGCUUUAGCUUAUAUAUAAACCUGGACAUUAGUUAUCUGAAGAUAACGAGUGAUAAAUAGCAAUAAAUAGGAAGAGACUGAGAUCAUAUUUAAACAUCUCACGUUAAACAAAUCCAGCUUACAGUUCUUGAGGACAGAGUAAGUUGUUUAAAAGAAUGAAAGCUGAUCAGAUAUACUCCCACUGGCAUUGGAUGCGAGGUGCUACCGUGCGUCUUUGGGAUAGACUGCAGGCUCAUGACAACCAUACUGGUUAUGUUGUUAGGAAAUGUAUGGAUGGAACUGGAAAUAUGCUCAUAGCACAUCAAGACAUUCCACAUUAUUUUUCAUAAGUUUUGCUAAUUCUGAAACAAAGAACUGCUGAUAUUAUCUAUUUUAAGAUAUAUCGUUUCAUGAAACCCGUUUUAUCAAACUACAAUAAAGUACGAAGACAAUGAAAAAUUGAAACAAAUUCGUGGUGUUACCAAAAGAGGGCAGCAAAAUCCCAGUCAUGCUUUAGUUCAUCCACCGGGGAGGAUUAAAUACACUCCAUACACUUAUGUUUUAUUUCAAGUUUUAUGAGGAACAAUUUUUAUUGGCAAUUGCCUUUGAUGAAAGACAUAGUUUGACCGUAGAUAAAGGGGUAUGCAUCUCCAUUAGCGGUUUGGUAUGCCCCGCCAGACAGUAACCCGGGCCCCCAUCCUCAGUCGUUGCCCCCUGUCUGUUCAGCAUUACAUUGCUAGCGUAGCAUAUACAUAACAAGUGGUGAAGGAUCGAGUACGUUUAAAUUGAAAACUGCGGAGGACCAAAACGAGGACAU